UCUUCUUCAUUUUACUAAGUAGUACAAAAACACAUAAUACAUGCAUAAAUCUUAAACACACACACAUAUAUAUAUAUAGUAUCUAUAUAUAGCGGUAUAUAUAGUAUAGAGAUAUAUAUAGUACUUUGCAUAUAAUCAAUGGCGAAAUCAAUCUGUGGGUUUCUGGUAGCUUGGUCUUUAGCUACUCUUUUGGCUUCUUCAAUGGCCUCGGCUGCAAUAGUGCAACAUUCUCUAUAUAUAAAAAACUUGACGGUGAGCCAUCUUUGCCGGGAGCAAGUAGUGAUUGCAGCAAAUGGAAGCUUGCCGGGACCAACAAUAAGAGUCCAUGAAGGUGACACCCUUGUCAUCCGAGUCCUCAACCAGUCACCCCACAACAUAAGUAUUCAUUGGCAUGGAGUUUUCCAACUUCUGAGUGGGUGGGCCGAUGGGCCAGAAUAUGUGACCCAAUGUCCAAUAGGAACUGGUCAUAGCUAUACAUACAAAUUCAACAUCACUGGUCAAGAAGGCACUCUUUGGUGGCAUGCACACUCCUCUUGGCUUAGGGCAACUGUCUAUGGAGCUCUCAUCAUUUAUCCUAAACCUACCCCAUUAAGGCCACUUCCUUACCCAUUUCCUACUCCCUACAAGGAUGUUCCUAUAAUUUUGGGGGAAUGGUGGAAUGGUAAUGUGGUAGACAUUGAGAACGAGGCUCUUGCUAGUGGUGGAGCUCCUAACAUAUCUGAUGCUUUCACCAUCAAUGGAAAACCGGGUGAUUUUUACCCUUGCUCUAAAAAAGAUACGUACAAGCUCAAGGUGGUCAAAGGAAAAACUUACAUGCUACGCGUAAUCAAUGCUGCACUCAAUAAUCAACUAUUUUUCAAGAUAGCCAAUCACAAGAUGACAGUUGUCGCCGUCGACGCAUCUUACACGAACCCAUAUGUCACUGAUGUCAUCGUAAGUGGUCCAGGUCAGACCACCGACAUCCUAUUCACUGCCAAUCAAGCCGUGGGAUCUUAUUACAUGACGGCUCAUCCUUAUAUAACUGUUGCUGGUGCACCCUUUGACAACACCACAACUAGGGGCAUUAUUGUCUACGAGGGCUCCACGUCAUCAACCCCAAUCAAGUCGGUCUUACCAGCCUUCAACGAUACUCCCACGGCCCACAAAUUCUUUAGCAACUUAACUGGGUUGGCUGGUGGGCCCCAGUGGGUCCCAGUCCCACCCCACGUGGACAAACACAUGUUUAUAACCAUGGGACUAAACCUCGACUUUUGCAAAUCAGGGAAUGCCACGUGUCCGGGUCCGUUUGGGCAGAGUUUCUCUGCGAGCAUGAACAACCAAUCGUUUGUGCUACCGAAAACACUAUCCAUUUUGCAGGCAUAUUUUUCGGGGGCGAGUGGCAUCUACACCACUGAUUUCCCAAGACGUCCUCCAGUAAAGUUUGACUACACAAACACAAGCUUGAGUUUCAACCAAUCGCUGUUGUUCGCAGUAAAAGGGACGAAAGUGACGAAGUUAAAGUACAAUGAAGUGGUGGAGAUUGUGUUCCAAAACACAGCCCUCAUUGGAGUCGAAAACCACCCAAUUCAUCUCCAUGGCUUCAACUUCCACAUCUUGGCCCAAGGCUUUGGUAAUUUCAAGAGCUCUCGUGAUCGUAAGAAAUUCAACCUUGUCAAUCCUCAAAUUCGUAACACUAUUGGUGUCCCAGUUGGCGGUUGGGCUGUCAUUAGAUUCCAAGCCAAUAAUCCAGGUAUAUGGUUGAUGCACUGCCAUCUCGAUGUGCACUUGCCAUGGGGGCUAGCUACGGCAUUUGAGGUUGAGGACGGGCACACUCCCUCCUCUAAACUCCCACCACCGCCCAAGGAUCUACCAAAAUGUUUUUGACAAAAACCCUACACUUAAAACCCCAUUUAUAUACACUUAGAUUAUAAUUAUAUAAAUGUAUGUGUUAAUUUCUUUGAAGCCAAAUCAAGUCAUCAUUGGUUUCUGAUAUACCUAUUCUCUUAUCACUACCCGUUUGGUGUUUUAUUUUUUGAUUCGUUUGAUUUGGAAAAUAAAUGUAAUGGAUACAUAUGAUGUUUGAGGGUUUGGUUUUGUCACUUUUCCAAUUGUAUAAUAUUGAUGAAAAUGGACAAUUUGUUUGUUGUAUUUCAUGGUCAGUAUUAUUCUUUCAAAGAAUAACAUUUGUAACUGUUUGGAAAUAAUAGAAGAAAUUUAAAAAAAA